CUCUUUAGAUCGUGAGUGUGAUAAAAUGGCAGCAGCAUCAAGUGAUCAAAGUUUUCCACCACAGAAGCAAGAAACCAAACCAGGGAAAGAAUAUAUCAUGGAUCCACUCCCACAACCUAUCAGCCCUCAUUACAUACCCUCCAACAAGUUUCAUGGAAAGGUGGUGUUGGUGACCGGAGGAGAUUCAGGCAUAGGAAGGGCAGUAUGCUAUCAUUUUGCGGCAGAAGGUGCAACAGUAGCCUUUACAUAUGUAAAAGGACAUGAAGAUAAAGAUGCACUUGAUACUUUCCAAAUGCUAAUCCAAUUCAGGGAAAAAUAUGGUUCUGAACAUCCAAUGGCUAUACCAGUUGAUCUUGGAUUUGAAGAGAAUUGCAAGAGAGUUGUUGACGAAGUUGUCGAUAACUUUGGGAAAAUUGAUGUUUUAGUUAAUAAUGCGGCCGAACAGCAUAUGAAAUUCUCUAUUGAGGAAAUCAGUCAAGAACAGCUUGAAAGGGUUUUUAGGACUAACAUCUUUGCUUACUUUUUCAUGGCCAAGCAUGCUGUUAAGCAUAUGAAGGAAGGAAGUAGUAUCAUCAACACAACAUCGGUGAAUGCGUAUAAAGGAAAUGCAAUUGUAUUGGACUAUACGGCAACAAAAGGUGCGAUUGUUUCGUUUACCAGGGCACUUGCACUUGAGCUUGUGAACAAGGGGAUCCGUGUUAAUGGUGUUGCUCCUGGACCGGUUUGGACCCCAGCACAACCGGAUACGUAUAAUGAGGAUAUGGUGACAAAGUUUGGAAAAGAGACGCCUAUGGGAAGAGCUGCACAGCCUCAUGAGGUAGCACCAUGUUAUAUCUUCUUAGCUAAUCAGAACUAUUCUUCUUAUUUCACUGGCCAAGUUCUUCAUCCCAAUGGUGGGAUGAUAGUUAACACUUGACUGAUUUACCAUUUACAGAUUUGUGUACUAUUGUUUCUUCUUUUUCUGAAACGUUGGUUUUGUACAUAUAACUAGUGUGUUUUCUUUGUACCAAUAAUGAUAUUAUAUACAGUGCAUUGCAACACAAUGGGCCUGCACUUCGAGGACGUCAGACUUCAAAAUAUAUUUAUGU